GUAACAUAUGAUCGGAAGAAAUUACAUACUAAUACGACUAUUGCUAAUAGCGUUAGCGUGAUUACAAGUCACGUCUUAUAAAUUUGUAAUUAUAACUACAGUAUUUAUACAGUUGUAAUAACACUAUUGAUGAAAUUUCCUUUUCCUCUGAAGUUGGUAAACGCUACUAUAAUUUUCAGCUAAAUAAUUACUGAACAUGUAAUACAAUACAGAGUACAUAUUAUGGUUUACCUUAAAAUUUUAUUUUAUGAAUAAUUAAGUUGACAAGAGCUUUUGAUCUGACGUAUAUUCAGUCGCAAUCACGUUUAGUCGAGUUUUGAACGUGCACUGCACAAUACGAUAAAAUGGAAUUAGAUAACAUCAAAUUGCGUCAUUUAGAACCGUAUUACAACAUAAAGGUAUCGCUUACUCUGACAAAAUAUAUCGGAACUUGGCCACCGAUAUUGGAACCUUAUCGAAGUAUUUAUUUACUAUAUACGUGUGUUAGUUUUAUUUUCAUUUUGGGAAUUUAUUUGACUGUACAAACUGUUAACUUGUUUGUGAUUUGGGGUAAUAUAGAACUUAUGAUAGCAACUGCAUUUUUAUUAAUGACUAACAGUAUUCAUGCAUACAAGGUAUUCGUAAUAUUGGGAAAUCAAAAACGAAUUCAAGUACUUUUAGAUAAACUUUCUACGACAAAUUAUUAUCAUAACGAUGAUAAAUAUGAACGUGUGUUUACUUAUUAUGCAUGGCAAGGAUUGUAUCACCAUAUAGCAUAUCAAAGUUUUGGUACAGUUGCUGUUCUAUGUUGGGGUUUGACUCCGUUGGCUGAUGCAGUUGCAGGAAACACAAGACGUCUUCCUAUGGAAGCAUGGUAUCCUUAUGAUACAAAAAAGAGUCCAGCAUUUGAGAUAACUUCUGGUCAUCAAGCUGUUGCAGUUAUUAUUGCAUGUUUUCACAAUAUCGGUAUGGAUACUCUGGUAACUGGACUAAUAAACGCUGCAUGUUGCCAAUUAGAAAUAAUAAAACAAAAUCUUAAAAAUGUUGGUUCGGAUUUUGAUUAUAAUUCAAACAAUGAAUGUGAUUAUGAAGAUUUCAUGAAUAACGAAAUCAAUAAAAUGGUUGAACAUAGUAAUGAAAUUUACAAUUUUGUAAAGGAGAUUGAAGAUAUUUUUGGAUUGAUUAUUUUAUUUCAAUUGACUGUUAAUUGCUUAAUUAUUUGUAUCACCGCAUUUCAUAUAACAAAAAUGACUGUUUUUAUACCAACGGAAUUUUUCGGUAUGAUGAUAUAUUUAUGUUGUAUGACGUAUCAAAUUUUUAUUUAUUGCUAUCAUGGUAAUGAACUUGCAAUACAGAGUGCAAGUAUUGGUUCUGCUGCGUUUGCUAGUAAUUGGUGGAAAUUCCAUAAGAAUUACAACCGGUCAUUAGGGUUAUUAAUUACACGAUUUAAUAAAUCAAUUGUUUUUACUGCUGGCCCAUUAAUGAGAUUGUCUUUACAAUUAUUUAUGAGUAUUCUUCGAAUGUCUUAUUCAUUUUUUACAUUAUUACAAAGUUCGACAAAAUAG